UCGCAAUUUCGAUAGAAACAAAGCGAAAAAGCCCAACAAAUCCCAACAAACACCAAGAAACAACAAAAUCCAGCAUUUAUAAAACCUGUUUGAAGACCCUCCCUUCUUCUCAAAUCAAACCCCACACUCUCUCUCUCUCUCACGUACACACUCUUCGUGCUCUCCGCCUCUCUCUCUCCUUCUCAUUUGUAUUUCUUUCAAUAUCAGAUCUCUCUUCUGUCGACACCAAUGGCUUCUCUCACACAAGCUUCUACUGCUCUUUCAACCUCCUUCAAGCCCACCUUGCAGGCAGGCAGCAGCAGGAGCUCUGGUCUGAAGUCAGUUUCCUUUUCCAUCACUGGAAAGCGCGUCCCAUAUCUCAGUUCCCGACCUGGGCGAUGA